GGGGACCGUGCGAGGGGUUCCCAAAGUUCCGGGCCCGGCGUUGGAGGAGGCUGCGAAGGUGUCUCCGAAGUUCUGAAUCUGGGAGGCGGGGGCGGCACGAGGGCACCCCGAAAUUCCCGACUUGGAGAUGGAAGGGUGGCAGGGGGUCCCCGAAGUUUAGGAGUCGGGGACGGCGCGGAGGAUCCUCGAAGUUCUGGACCUGGGGUUGGAGGAGACAGAUAAUGUGUCCCCGAAGUUCUGGACCUGGAGUCGGGAGGCGAAACCAGGAGCUUCUGCCAUCCCUCUGGCUGCCCCUUGGAACCCAGCUCAACCUGACCAAUGUCCACAGCCAGGGAGCAGCCCAUCUUCAGCACACGGGCGCAUGUGUUCCAGAUCGACCCGGCCACCAAGCGGAACUGGAUCCCGGCGGGCAAGCACGCGCUCACCGUCUCCUACUUCUAUGAUGCCACCCGCAAUGUCUACCGAAUCAUCAGCAUCGGGGGUGCCAAGGCCAUCAUCAACAGCACUGUCACCCCCAACAUGACCUUUACCAAAACCUCCCAGAAGUUUGGGCAGUGGGCAGACAGUCGUGCCAACACUGUCUACGGCCUGGGCUUUGCUUCUGAGCAGCAUCUCACCCAGUUUGCUGAGAAGUUCCAGGAAGUGAAGGAAGCAGCGAGGUUGGCCCGGGAGAAAUCUCAGGAUGGGGGGGAGCUCACCAGUCCGGCCCUGGGGCUCCCAGCCCACCAGGUGCCCCCUAGCCCCCUCGUCAGUGCCAACGGCCCCGGGGACGAGAAACUGUUCCGCAGCCAGAGCGCGGACGUCCCCGGCCCGGCAGAGCGAGAGCGGCUCAAGAAGAUGCUGUCCGAGGGCUCGGUGGGCGAGGUGCAGUGGGAGGCCGAGUUCUUCGCGCUGCAGGACAGCAACAACAAGUUGGCGGGCGCCCUGCGAGAGGCCAACGCGGCCGCCGCCCAGUGGAGGCAGCAGCUGGAGGCCCAGCGUGCAGAGGCCGAGCGGCUGCGGCAGCGGGUGGCUGAGCUGGAGGCCCAGGCAGCCACCGAGCCACCCUCAGGCAGCGAGAAGGAGGGGCCGGGCCAAUCAUUGGAGCAGCUGGAGGCCCUGGUGCAAACCAAGGACCAGGAGAUUCAGACACUGAAGAGCCAGACCAGUGGGCCCCGUGAGGCCCCGGACGCCACCGAGCGCGAGGAGACACAGCAGAAGGUGCAGGACCUGGAGACCCGCAACGCAGAGCUGGAGCACCAGCUGCGGGCAAUGGAGCGAAGCCUGGAGGAGGCACGGGCCGAGCGGGAGCGGGCGCGGGCCGAGGUGGGCCGGGCUGCACAGCUGCUGGACGUCAGGCUGUUCGAGCUGAGCGAGCUGCGAGAGGGCCUGGCCCGCCUGGCCGAGGGCGCGCCCUGAGCUGGGUGCUGGCCCCGUGGAGCCGGGCCGUGGGAGCUGGUGUUCCGCGAACGAUUCCCGCCUGGGGUGCGGGCCGGGCCGCCGGCGGCACAGUGGGCCAUUCGCCCUGGCAGGGACCGGGGGUGGACUCAGCCGGGAGGGCCUGGCCACGGCGCCCCAGCUGGCCCUGGCCACUCACGGCUCAGGGGCUGUUUUUGAGCUUUCCAUUGUGUAGAAUUUCUAGAAUCCCCGGGGCGCGUGCUGGUGCCCAGAUUACAUUUGUAAGCCUG